AUUUUGAAUGCUAAACCGAGAGGCCGCGUUCGUCGCGUCUCGUCUCGUCAUUCAUUCCAUUCUAUUUAUUUUGUUAUUCCGUAUUGCUCGUGCCGACGCCGGUAGUCGUGUCUAGUGCUAGUGAGCUGUAACACGUUCGUUCAUUAGUGCUGUGAUUUAUAAAAUUAUCCCCAAAUGUCUGGAUAUCCGUAUGGAAACCCGGGGCAAUACCCACCACCGCAACCGCAGAUAUAUCCUCAGAUAUAUAACCCUGUAAAUGCCGCUACUCCAAUAGCAGGACAACCUGGGUUUGGACAGCCUUUCCAACCGCAGUUUCAGCCAACAUUCGGAUACCCUUACCAACCGGGACAGGCCCAGGGGCCGGCUGGACAGCCACAGACAUCACUGUCCUACCCUUCAGCUCCCUCGGCGCCAGGAUUUGGUUACAACGCUCCUCCCUUUGGUGCCCCUUCUCCUUAUGGACCUGCUGUCGAAUGGAUUCCUACUAACCCGAACGAAGCUCACGCAUUCAACGAUCGUGCUGUAGUUGGUGGAUACGAAGGACAUGAUGGUAGCCCACUCUGGGUUAUCAGGGCCAGGUUUGAAGGCGAUUUGAUUCCUGGUAAACUGGCUGUGAAACAUAGGGCCGCUUAUGUUCCAUGGGGUGGAAAUGAAAAUAGCGUCAAGGCUAUUGAGGUUUGUAAUUAAUUUUUAUUCUAUUAA